UAUUCCGUGCCAAUCUUGGUUGGAGUUUGUGUUCUUGUAGGUACAGUGGUCUUCAAGAAGUAUGUCCUCGGCAAGAAAAAGAAGGGGCCUCCAAAGACACUCCAGAACCCAGAUCUCAAGUACACCCUUCCUCUUGCAGACAAGGAGGUUGUGAGUCCUGAUACCAGAAGAUUUAGAUUUGCAUUACCAUCAGCUGAGCAUAUCCUCGGCCUUCCUGUUGGUCAGCACAUAUACCUGUCUGUCCGUCUUGACGGCAACCUCGUGGUCCGUCCUUACACACCUGUAACCAGCGAUGAUGACAAAGGCUACAUGGACCUUGUUAUCAAGGUGUACAUGAAGGAUGUCAACCCAAAAUUCCCAGCUGGUGGUAAAAUGUCGCAAUACUUGGAUUCUAUGGAGAUUGGAGAUGGAAUUGAUGUCCGAGGUCCAAGUGGUCGCCUUAUCUAUAAUGGAAAGGGUAACUUUAGUAUUCGUCCUGACAAGAAAUCCCCACCUGAAACCAAGACUGCCACCAAGGUUGGGCUUAUUGCAGGUGGUACAGGUAUCACUCCCAUGUUGCAGUUGAUCCGUGAGGUGUUCAAACACCCAGAGGACAAAACUGAACUCUGGCUCCUGUUUGCUAACCAGACAGAAGCCGACAUCCUUCUUCGUGACGAGUUGGAGGAGAUUGCUAGUGAACAGAAAUCUCGAUUCCAUCUUUGGUACACUCUUGAUAGACCUGACGAAGCUUGGAAGUACAGCUCUGGGUUCAUUAAUGAGGACAUGCUGAAAGCGAGAAUGCCACCUCCUGGUGACGACACCUUAAUACUGAUGUGCGGGCCACCACCAAUGAUCAACUAUGCCUGCCAACCUAACCUGGAGAAACUUGGCUAUGCAGAGGACAGGCGUUUUGCAUAUUAAACCAGGUGCAUCAUAACACCUGUUAUUUCCCCACCUGCUUAAGCCAUAGAGGGCAUUAUAUGUUUAAAUUUUAAAAUCAUUUUAGUAUAAUUCUAGAUUUACAAAAGUGUACUAAUCAAUUAUUUUGAUAACUCAAUAGUUAAUUGGUAUUUAAUUUUUUUUCUGGAUUUAAAUUAAUUUUUAAAUUGUGCCUUCAUUCCCAGAUUAAAUUUGUGGCUAGGAAUUGACACUUUAAGAGGUUCCACAACUACAGAUGUAAGAUGUUUGAGCCACAACAGUCAUGCAAAGUUUUUAGAUGUUUAAGCCACGUAGUGGCUUAUGGUGUGAACUGAAAUAUUUAUGUAUUGAAUAACUCUUUUGUUUUUAAGAAGUUAAUGCUAUUUUUUAUUCCAAAUUAUUUGCAUUUUGGAUAAUUAAAUAAUUUGAGAAAUGUAAUAAGUAUACAGCAGAGAAAAUUGUUAUUGUCUAACCAAUUUUUUUUUUUUUUUUUUUAUAAACAGAAAUUUAUUAACAUUUCAUUACAUUAGUGAUAGCUUAAAGCAUCUCAUAAGCAAUAAAUUUGUUUAAGAUAAGAAUUAUGUGCCAUAGAGCUAAAUAUUUGCCAUAUUAAUUCCACCAUCCAAGUUAUAAUUAAGCUUUCUUUAGUCUUCCAUGGUGGUGGUAUUAAUUAAUGAAUAAAUAAAAAAAGCAUUGAAAAAAAUAAA